CCUUUGCAAAUCAAUUUUUUUUUUCAACACACAAACUAAACCCAGAAAAACUCAAAACACCCACAUGAUAAUCUUAGCCACUUCCAGUGUUAAACUACCAAUUUACUCUUUUGUGACAAUCUUCCUUAUCCUGAGCCAUGUAGACUCUCAGUCUCAACUUCAUGAUAAAGAACAUGAAGUCCUACUCAAAAUAAAGCAACACCUUAAAAACCCCCCAUUUCUCAAUCACUGGAACCCAUCAAACACCUCUCACUGCUAUUGGCCAGAGAUCAACUGCACCAGUGGCUCAGUCACUGGACUAGCUCUGGUCAACAACAACAUCACUCAAACAUUACCACCUUUCAUAUGUGACCUUAAAAAUCUCACACAUGUUGAUUUCAACACCAACUUCAUCCCUGGGGAGUUCCCAACUUAUCUCUAUAAGUGUUCCAAGCUUGAGUACCUUGACCUGUCUCUGAACAACUUUGUUGGUAACUUUCCUGAUGAUAUUGACAACUUGGUUAACUUGAAGUAUCUUAACCUUGGCUCCACAAACUUCAGUGGUGACAUUCCUGCUAGUAUUGCAAGGUUAAAGGAAUUGAGAGUACUUAGACUUCAAUAUUGUCUAUUUAAUGGUACUUUCCCUGCUGAGAUUGCCAACUUGUCCAACCUUGAAACCUUGGAUUUGUCCUCUAACAUGAUGUUCCUUCCUUUGAGGUUGCCUACUAACUGGACCAUGUUGAACAAGUUGAAGGUGUUUUAUAUGUAUGACUGCAACUUGGUUGGGGAAAUCCCUGAAUCAAUUGGACAAAUGGUGGCUUUGGAGAAAUUGGAUAUAUCACAAAACGGUUUAACUGGAAAAAUUCCUGCUGGUUUGUUCAUGAUGAAGAAUCUGAGCAUAGUGUAUCUUUUCAGAAACAACCUUUGUGGAGAGAUACCUGGUGUGGUUGAAGCAUUGAAUUUGACAGCCCUUGAUCUUGCAGAAAAUCAUCUUACAGGGAAAAUACCAGAUGAUUUUGGGAAGCUCCAAAAGUUAACAUGGUUGAGUUUGUCUAUGAAUAACUUGUCAGGGGAGAUACCAGAAAGCAUAGGCCUUUUACCAUCUCUGGUAGAUUUUCGUGUCUUUUUGAACAACUUAUCAGGUACUCUUCCUCCUAAACUUGGCCGCUACUCAAAGCUUCAAACCUUUCUGAUUGCAUAUAAUAGUUUUAAUGGAAGGCUACCUGAGAAUUUAUGCUAUCAUGGUGAGUUACUUAAUUUAACUGUUUAUGAAAAUAAUCUGAGUGGUGAGUUGCCAGAAUCACUUGGAAAUUGCAGUAGCCUGCUUGAUCUGAAAAUUAACAGUAACGAGUUUUCUGGUAACAUUCCCAGUGGACUUUGGACUUCCAAUUUGGUAAAUUUCAUGGUAAGCCAGAAUAAGUUCACUGGUGAGCUUCCUGAAAGAUUGUCUUCAAGCAUUACACGCUUUGAGAUAAGUUACAAUCAGUUUUAUGGUAGAAUUCCAGCUGGAGUAUCUUCAUGGACUAAUGUGGUAGUGUUUAAUGCCAGUAAGAACCACUUUAAUGGAAGUAUUCCACAAGAGCUAACAGCUCUUCCCAAGUUAAUAACUCUGUUGCUUGAUCAGAACCAACUGAGUGGGCCACUUCCAUCAGUUAUAAUAUCAUGGAAGUCCCUAAUAAAUCUAAAUUUGAGCCAAAACCAAAUCUCUGGACAAAUCCCAGAUGCAAUUGGUAGGUUACCUGGCCUUCUUCAGCUUGAUUUGUCAGAAAAUCAAUUAUCUGGCAAAGUUCCUUCUGUGCUUCCCAGACUCACAAAUCUCAAUCUAUCCUCCAAUCAUUUGACAGGGAGGAUACCAAGUGAAUUUGAAAAUUCUGAGUAUUCUAGCAGCUUUUUGAACAAUUCUGGCCUCUGUGCUGAUACCCGAGCAGUGAACCUUACCUUGUGCAAUUCUAGCCCUCAAAAGCCAACCAAAGGCUUACAUUGGUCUCUUGCUUUGAUUAUAAGCCUGGUGGUACUAGCCUUCUUACUCACUUUGUUGACAUCAUUCUUGAUUAUGAAACUUUACAGAAAAAGAAAACAAGGAUUGGGUUACUCAUGGAAGCUCAUUUCCUUUCAAAGGCUGAGUUUUAGAGUAUCCAACAUAGUGUCAUCAAUGACAGAUCAUAAUAUUAUAGGAAGUGGUGGAUUUGGUACAGUAUUCCGUGUCCCAGUUGCUGAUUUCGGCUAUGUAGCUGUGAAAAAGAUCUUUAAUAACAGAAAGUUGAACCAAAAGCUUGAGAGCUCAUUUCGUGCAGAAGUUAAAAUAUUGAGCAAUAUUCGUCAUAACAACAUUGUGAAGUUGUUGUGCAGUAUCUUCAAUGAGGAUACAAUGCUCCUUGUGUAUGAGUAUAUGGAAAACCAUAGCCUUGAUAGGUGGCUGCACAAGAAGAGUAAGUCAUCAGGUUCAGUCCAUCAUUUUGUCCUUGAUUGGCCAAAGAGAUUGCAAAUAGCCACUGGGGUUGCCCAUGGUUUGUGCUACAUGCACCAUGACUGUUCACCACCUAUUGUUCAUAGAGAUGUGAAAACAAGCAACAUUCUCUUGGAUUCUCAAUUCAAUGCAAAAGUUGCUGAUUUUGGUCUGGCUAGGAUGUUAAUGAAGCCAGGACAAUUUAACACCAUGUCAUCUGUGAUUGGCUCAUUUGGCUAUAUGGCUCCAGAAUAUGUUCAAACAACUAGAGUCAGUGAAAAGAUUGAUGUCUUCAGCUUUGGAGUUAUCCUAUUGGAACUGACAACUGGUAAAGAAGCUAAUUAUGGUGAUGAGCAUUCAUCUCUUGCAGAGUGGGCGUGGCGCCACAUUCAUGAAGGAAGCAAUAUAGAAGAGCUACUAGACAAUGAUGUCAUGGAACCAAGUUACUUGGAUGAAAUGUGCAGUGUUUUCAAACUUGGGAUCAUGUGUACUGCAACACUUCCUGCUGGUAGGCCUUCCAUGAAGGAGGUGGUGCACUUAUUGAACCGAUGUGGAGAAGGAUAUACUUUUGGAGAGAGGAAUUAUAGGCCAUAUGAUGAUGUUCCCCUUCUUAAGAAUUCAAAAUGGGAGUGUAAAUUGGAUGUUGUUGAUAAUUAUAGUGAUUGAAUAACUGGGUUUCCAAGGAAGACUACCACUAGAAAGUAGAAUGAAGCAUUUUGUGACAAGCCAAACAUGGUUCGGUAGAGGGAAGAAAGUAGAAUCCAGCAUUAUACAAACAUAGCUUUGAGGCAGUGUUGUGAGGUUCGCUUUGAUUUGAACCUUUCUUGGGGAUUGUCUAUCUAUUAUACCUACCAUUUUGUUUCCUUUUCUCAUGUUUUUCAUCCUUUUUCAGUAAUAUGUAAGUGUAGUGGUAGACUUCCAAUAUAAUGCUAUUUAUUUGAAUUUGAGAACUUUUUAUUAAGAGGAGUAAUUAGUGUAA